AUGUUCAAGAUCGCCUUGACUACCGCUCUCUUUGCUCUCGCCUUUGCCGCCGAUGGUCGCAAGAAGCGUCAAGUGCCCGGACUCUUUGGAUCGGGAUCUGCAUUCAACUCAAUGCCGUCGGGAAUGUUCGGCAAUGGUAUGAACACGCUCCCGGCUAGUAUGAUGAAUGGACUGAAUGGAGUCUCAGGAUUGAAUGGAUUGAAUGGAUUGAAUGGAUUGAAUGGAAUCAAUGGAUUGACAGGAUUCAACGGAGUUCCCAGUCUUAAUGGCAUUUCCGGAUUGAACGGGCUCUCCGGAAUGAACGGUUUGACUGGUCUCAAUGGAAUCAAUCCAUUCACUGGCCUCAAUGGAGUCUCCGGAUUGAACGGACUCGGUGGAGUGAACGGACUCACUGGGUUGAACGGUUUGAAUGGCGUCACUGGACUCACUGGAUUGAACGGAUUGAACGGAUUGAACGGUUUGAACGGAUUCCCCGGAGUUAAUGGCUUGAAUGGAAUCUCCGGAUUGAAUGGAUUGAAUGGAUUGAAUGGUUUGAAUGGAUUGAAUGGUUUGAAUGGAUUGAAUGGAUUGAAUGGAUUGAAUGGUUUGAAUGGAUUGAAUGGAUUGAAUGGAUUGAAUGGUUUGAAUGGACUUACUGGACUCACAAAUGGCCUCAUCCCAUCAAACGGAGUCAACGUUUGCCUGAGCGCGUUGGAUUGCGGAGGAGCCUUGAGAUGCUGUGGCAAUGUGAAUGGCGGUAGCCUUCUUGGUGGUUUGUUGGGCGGAACGAGCAGCGCUUUCGGAAAUUUCCCAGUCCUCGGAGGGCUCGUUGGCCGUUGCUCUCCAAUCUGUCUCCUCGGCGAGGUCAACUUG